UUAUUGAGACGAAAUAUAGGGCAUGUGAAUGUUGCCGUGGCCUCUCCAUAGGCCAAUGGACAGGUGGAGAGAGUGAAUAGGAUACUAAAAUCCAUGUUGGGGAAGUUGACGGACCAUAUUAACCAUGAUGACUGGGUUAGGAAAUUACUUGAAGUCGAAUACGCUAUUAAUAAUCCGGUGCACAGUACUUGCCGUGACACCCCGAGCCGAGUCCUGUUUGGCGUUGAGCAGCGAGGGUUGAUAAUUGACGAAUUUACGGAAUACUUCCAGGAGAAACUAUGCCCGGACGAAGGACGAGACUUGGACCGCAUACGUAAGGACGCAUCUGACUCAAUCGUUGCUAGACAAGAGUACGAUUCCGCGCGAAGCGCGAAGAGUAGCCGCCAAAGUAAGGCAUAUGACCUAGGAGACUUUGUAGUCGUGAGAAAUGUCGACACUACUACAGGAAGUAACAAAAAAUUCGUGCCUCAAUACAAGGGGCCAUACGUAGUGCAUAAGGUUCUAGGAAACGACAGAUACGUCGUCCGCGACAUAAAUAAUUGCCAGCUUACGCAACUUCCCUAUGACGGUGUGAUCGAGGCCCAUCGAAUGAGAACGUGGCGGCAGCAACCGGAAGUGUGCAUUGAGGAUACAGAUCAGGGCCCUUACUCUGUAAUGCGAUGCGAAUGAGAUUUGCUUCGCAUUCGCAAAAAUACGAAAUUCGCGCAGAAAUUUUCGAAUUACGCAUUUCAU